UUCUGCACGGACAUGUGGAAACUCUUCCUAAUGGCAAUACUGGCAGCCAGCAUUUUGACCAUGAUCCACAGCAGCCUCCUCAAUUUCAAAUUCAUGAUCCGGAGAAUUACUGGGAAAAGUGCCCUCAUUUCCUACAAUGGGUAUGGAUGCCACUGUGGACUGGGUGGGAGAGGGCAGCCUCUGGAUAAGACAGACUGGUGCUGUCAUGCCCAUGAUUGCUGCUAUAAGGAGUUAACCAACCAGAGCUGUCACCCAUUUUUUGAUUAUUAUCAAUACUCCAUCAUCGACGAAGACGUUAUGUGCUGGAAUACAAAUAACUCCACCUGUGCAAAGCAGGCGUGUGACUGCGACCGGACAGCAGUCCUGUGUUUCAGAAAGGAAGCAAGCAGCUAUAACAAAGGAUACCGUUAUUACUUCAAUUUCUUCUGCAAAGGAUCUACCCCCAGUUGCUAA